UUCUCAUCCAAAUCUUCACUUUCCAUACCACUCUCAUCUUUUGGUGAGAAAAAAUAUAAAAGGGUGCACGACAAGAACUUCUUAGUUGGUCACCCAUCCUCUUAUUUACAUUUCUCUAAGCACGCUUUUCUUAGUGCUAAACAUAUGGAUAUUGUGAAGGGAAAGUUGGCGAAGAAUCUGAUGAUCAAGGCGUGGAAGAGAUGUAGUUUAACAAACCAAAGCAGCAGCAAGCGGAAGAAGAGCAAGGACCGAGUAUUGGCUCCGGAUGGGUGCUUCUCGGUCUACGUUGGACCAGAGAAGCAACGAUUCGUGGUGAAGGUUGAGUUUGCUAACCAUCCGUUGUUCAAGGUACUGUUAGAGUAUGCUGCAUGGGAUUAUGGAUACAGUAGUGGAGGUCCAAUUAUGCUUCCUUGCGAUGUGGAAUUGUUCUACAAUGUUUUGGCAGCGAUGGAGAACAAUGUUGAUGAUGAUAUGAUGAGUACACCGAACGAUUUUUUCUUCAAACCUUGCAGCAGUCCAACUCGUCAUCUUCGUUUAAAUUCGAGCAAGUUUAAGGGCUAUGGUGGUGCUUAUGUGCUGCUUAGUCCGUCACUUGCUUAAGCUAAAUCAGUUUUGACUAGCCAUCAUCUGUAUAUCAUCAUCAUCACCAUCAUCAUCGAUUUGUUCAGUAGUUAAGUUUGUGGAAACAUAUAUAUGUAAUUCAAGCACUUGAGAUGCUUACACAGAAGAUUAUGAGAAAAUAGAGAGAAGACUUCCGUUUUCUAUUUACAUUUUGUGUGCUUGAAAUACUCUCUUUUUACGAUGGAUUAGCUUUCCCAAUUUCCCUGCUUCCUUUAUAAAUGUUCCUCAACCGAGCCACCUUUUUCCUAGUGAUGCUCACAUACUUGAUCUCGUUGGGUUCGGGUCUUUAAAUAAUCUU